CUUAUCCUCCACCGCUUCCUUAACCUGCGCACCCCCUGGAUCAUGUGACUCUCCGUCUUCCUCUUCUUCUUCCCUUCAAUUGAUGACUACAAGCCCCGUUAUCUGGAAGCUCAAACGACGACGCCGACGCAUCGGUGAAGGGUAAAUCCGUAAUUCCCCCGCUCGCCGUCUCGGAAACUCCCAGUUCGUUCUUUUCCGUUGCUUCGAAUGGACGUCCUAGUGGGCCCCACCUUCUCCAUCGACGUAUCGUCCUACGGCCCCGCGCCGACGCAGGACAACCGCAACCGCGGCGGUCUGUACCUGAAUCAGGACCGCGGCGCCGCGGUGGCGGAGAAGGCGUCGUCGGACAGCUCGUCGUCUAUCGGUGUUCCGGAUGACAGCGAGGAAGAGGAAGACUCCAAAGGCGAUAACGGCGAUGAGGUGCAGAGCAAGUUUAACGGCGGCGGAGGAGGAGGGUUGGGUUCUCUGGGUUCAUUUGGAUCACUCGAAGAUUCUCUCCCAAUCAAGAGGGGAUUAUCCAACUAUUUUUCAGGAAAAUCAAAGUCAUUUGCCAGCCUGUCAGAAGUGAGCAGCACUGUGAGUUCAGUGAAGGAGGUGGAGAAGCAGGACAACCCAUUCAACAAGCGGCGGCGGGUUCUGAUCGCCUCCAAGUGGUCGAGAAGAUCUUCGUCUUCCUCCUCCCUCUACAACUGGCCAAACCCUAAGUCCAUGCCGCUGCUAGCCCUAGCCGAAGACGGAGACGAAGAUGACGACGAACACGGCCGCGAUCGAGAAGGCGAGGGAGAGAACGCGUCGUCGGAGCAAUCCUCAUCGGACGAGAAGGAGGAUCAGGAGAGGAGGGCCCCACAGAAACUGCUCGACAGGAGGCUGAAGAGCUUCAAGUCAAAGAGUUGCUAUUGCCUCUCAGAUCUGCAGGAACACGAUGAGCAGUAACAACUGGUGGUAUUUUUUUUUAAUAAUUUUUAUUUUGAUUUAGUUUUAGGGUUGUUGGAUGGAUGGCGGGGUUUGUGUUGUUUGUACGUGGGCAGUCAGAAAAAAAUAUAUAAAUAUAUAAAUGGCUAACUUUGUUUCUUCA